AUGGAGGAGGUGAUGCAGGAGGUGAUGCAGGAGGUGAUGGAGGAGGUGAUGAAGGAGGUGAUGGAGGAGGUGAUGGAGGAGGUGAUGGAGGAUGUGAUGGAGGAGGUGAUGGAGGAGGUGAUGGAGGAUGUGAUGGAGGAGGUGAUGGAGGAGGUGAUGGAGGAGGUGAUGGAGGAGGUGAUGGAGGAGGAGGUGAUGCAGGAGGUGAUGGAGGAGGUGAUGAAGGAGGUGAUGGAGGAGGUGAUGGAGGAGGUGAUGGAGGAGGUGAUGGAGGAGGUGAUGGAGGAGGUGAUGCAGGAGGUGAUGCAGGAGGUGAUGGAGGAGGUGAUGGAGGAGGUGAUGGAGGUGGUGAUGAGGAGGUGA